AUGACGAUGCUCCUGGACGGAGGCCCGCAGUUCCCCGGGCUGGGAGUGGGCAGCUUCGGCGCGCCGCGCCACCACGAGAUGCCCAGCCGCGAGCCGGCGAGCAUGGGGCUGAGUCCCUUCGGGGACUCUCCCCACGCCGCCGCCGCGGCCGCUGCCGCUGCCUUCAAGCUGAGCCCCGCCGCAGCUCACGAUCUAUCUUCUGGCCAGAGUUCUGCAUUCAUGCCACAGGGUUCGGGUUACGCCAACGCCCUGGGCCAUCACCAUCACCACCACCACCACCACCAUCACCACACCGGCCAGGUGCCCAGCUACGGCGGUACCGCCUCCGCCGCCUUCAAUUCCACGCGGGACUUUCUGUUCCGCCAGCGCAGCUCCGGGCUCGGCGAGGCUGCCCCAGGUGGCGGGCAGCACGCGCUCUUCGCUGGCUCGGCGAGUGGUCUGCACGCUCCACCUGGCAUCCCCGAACCGCCAAGUUACCUGCUCUUUCCCGGGCUGCAUGAGCAGACCCCUGGGCACCCGUCGCCUACCGGGCACAUGGACAACAAUCAAGUGCACCUGGGGCUGCGCGGGGAGCUGUUUGGCCGUGCGGACCCGUACCGCACGGUAGCCAGCCCGCGCACGGACCCCUACACGGCCGGCGCGCAGUUCCCCAACUACAGCCCCAUGAACAUGAACAUGGGCGUGAACGUGGCGGCCCACCACGGGCCUGGCGCCUUCUUCCGUUAUAUGCGGCAGCCCAUCAAACAGGAGCUGUCGUGCAAGUGGGUGGACGAAGCUCAGCUAAACCGGCCCAAGAAGAGCUGCGACCGGACCUUCAGCACCAUGCACGAGCUGGUGACACAUGUCACCAUGGAGCAUGUGGGGGGCCCGGAGCAGAACAACCAUGUCUGCUACUGGGAGGAGUGUCCCCGCGAGGGCAAGUCCUUCAAGGCGAAGUACAAACUCGUCAACCACAUCCGAGUGCACACGGGCGAGAAGCCCUUCCCAUGCCCCUUCCCGGGCUGCGGGAAAAUCUUUGCCCGCUCCGAGAACCUCAAGAUCCACAAGAGGACCCAUACAGGUGAGAAACCUUUCAAAUGUGAAUUCGAAGGAUGUGACAGGCGCUUUGCCAACAGCAGCGACCGCAAGAAGCACAUGCACGUGCACACCUCGGACAAGCCCUAUAUCUGCAAAGUGUGCGACAAGUCCUACACGCACCCUAGCUCCCUGCGAAAGCACAUGAAGUGUUGUCCUGCAUGGUAUCCGGGACAGUCUCUAAUUCCUGAUGAAGAACUUGAUACUGAUGUUGGCAUGCAGCAGCCAGCCCUCCAUAACACUACCUAUGCUAAAUGCAGGGUUAAUGCCGAAGCUACUGUGCAAGAAAUGAUUUACUGA